CUCCAGCUUUUAUUUGCCAUGGAAACAGCCGCGAAAGUACUCUUAUUGACAUUGAUGACGGUAACCUUGUCCGUGGCCAAGAACGACCCACCUUUGGGCUGCGUCCAGGUUGAAAACGUCGCUCACCAUCGAUUCUUGAUGCCGGCCAACGGAACUUGGCCGUAUCUUCCUCGGGAGAGGUUGGUACAGUUUGGAUUGGCUAUUGGCGCAAGGAAUUGGAUGCUCGAGAAGGUUGGAAAGGAGUUCCGGUUUCGAACGUACUUGGGUCAGCUGGAGCCGGCAUUUUUGUUCACAGUUUUAUGGCGAUCGAGGUUGAAGAUGGAAAAAAGCGGAUAUUUUACCAUCAAGAACGUCAACUUGAAGGAAUACUUGUUCGCGGGGGAACCUCAAAACAGUGUUACAGGGCAAGUGUUCACCAGGAAAGGGAAGAAAUCUAAAAACUUCGGGCCCGAGUUCUUGUGGAGCAUCAGCUCUUGCUAGAAAAAAAAGUUAGCUAUUAGCGAUUUGUUAAAUCAAGCUCAUUUAGUGCUGAGAACCCAUAUGGUGCAGCAGCAGUUACAGCAGGCUAUCAAUCGUACUCCCGGAAUAAUUAAAUUGCGCUAAUUAUU